AUGGAGGCAGAGUUGCAAUGUUCAAAUGGUAUACAAAGCAUGGAAAGGAAGCUGAGAAUAGCUUGCCAUGCUAGUGAUGCUAAUAUUGAUAAUGUUCUUAAGGUAAACAACAGUGGCUUGCCCCCGAUGUUUGAUGGAGCAGCUUUGGAGGGAUUAAAUUUAUCUAUAUCUGGAGCUCAUUCGAAAGUUGCUCUUCUGGAGGCAAGCAAGAGUAAAUAA